UAAAUUCGUAAAUAAACAGUAAAAGAAAGAGAAGAAGAAGAAGAAGAAAAAGCCCCUAAACCCUUCGUUCCCCCCCCCCCCCCCCCCCCCCCCGCCCACUUCCUCUCUCUUCUUCUCUCAUAUUUUUUUGCCGCCACGCCUCUCAGGCCGCCACGCCAACCACCAAUCGCCGUCGAUCGUGUCUUGCUUCAACCGCUGCAGCCGCCCCCAGUACCGACGGAAAAUAAGUCUCCGCCGUCGUUCAUUGCUGUCGGACUGUAAUUCCCGAAGCCACUUCCUUCCUGUCCGGAUUCUUCGGAUUGAUAUCUUGAAAUUUAGAGUUCGUCGACGGAAUCAAUGGCGGAAGACACGAAAUCUCUUGAAUUUGAAGAAAACCAUAACGCAGAACCAGACGCAAACUCACAGUCUCCAGCGAAGAAGAAGAAGAAGAGUGAAAAGAAGAAGAAACGAGUUCUAUCAAUGAAUGCUAAAAUCCAAGUUCUCAGCAACCAGCCCCAGAAAAUUCCGCCGGUAGUUGGUUAUUUCCCGUCUGGGUUUGAUCCUCACAAGGAUGCUGACAAGGAACAGUCCCAUUCUGUAAGGGCUAGGGUUUAUAAGCACAGGAACAAACCAAAUAGGAUGCAGCUGGUUGUGAGUCCAACAGGGUCGAAUGUGGAUUUUGUUGGUACCAAUUAUUUAGGCGAGGCUACCGCUGGGAAACAGCAUUGCACCUAUGCUCUGGGUGUUCUUGAUAAGGCCACACAAAGCUUAAAGAUAGUGCCUAUUGCAUCGAAUAUGAUACUUAGAUUAGACCCAAAAGUCAGAGGUUCAGACGUUUCUGAAAAUGAAUCCCCAAGUGUGGCAAAUGAAGAGCUCUCUCUGCAGGAGAAAGCUAAUAGAAUGAGAGAGCUCACCGCACUCUAUGGAACAAAGAAGUCAAAAAAACAGGCACAGAAGCUGCAUGCAUUGAAGCAAGAGGAUGAUCCUGAAACCAAGAACGAUCUAGAUGGGAGAAUGAAAAAUGUGGUGGUAAACAAAGAGGCCUUGGAAGGUACGCAGGCAGAGAUUGCUCGUAAUAUACCAGCAUACAAUGCUUCUGCAACUACUCCACAAGAAGUUUACCCGCUCGACAAGAUUAUCCUCAAGGGAGAAUGGAGUUUUCUGGAAGAUCUUUAUUUCCGUUUGCGAGAAACAGCUGAAAUAAAUGCUACUUAUCCUUCUUUUGUUCGCAACAGAAUUUAUAAAUUGCAAGACAUUCAGGACGAGGAAGAGAAAAAGAAGCUCUGCUGCAUAUUUUCAUAUAUCACUCAUCUGAUAAAGUAUAAGGAUCAGCAUUCUAUGGGUGAUGUUUCUUCUGCAAAGGGUCAUAAAAUUCCCAGCAUGCUACGCCAAAAGUUCUCAUCCAUGUUUCCAACUGCCGAGUCGAGAAGACUGUCAGCAGAUAAAAUUAAUCUUCUCAUUAGCCACGUUUUGGUGCUUACGCUAUUUGCCGAUGAAUUCAGCAGCGAUCCUGCAGACAUAGCAAAGGAUUUGAGAACUAGUCCUUACGAUCUAAGACUCCAUUUUGAUAAUUUGGGUUGCAAGUUUAUACGCAAGAACAACUUGUCAUUGGCUACACUUCCUGUUCCUCUUCAAUUUCCCGAGUUGAGGCAAAAGCGACGACGAUAGGCGUGAUGGCUGGAUUAUAGAAGUUUCACUUUUAUUGUUGUUGAAGAAGCUGAAUUCUUUCUAGGCAGCAAAGUUGGAGCAAUUUUGUGGAGUGAAACGGGUAAAUGGUCAUUUUUGUAAUUCAGAUGUUAUUUCUUUCGUAUUGCAAAUGGCAAUGCCAACUUGUUUAUCUAUGAAGUACUUCUGCUUAGAAAGGUGUUUCAUUAUUUGGAAGUUGAAACUUUGGAUAAUCACAAAUUUAUUUGGAAACAA